CUCCUUUUCCCGACAAUCCCUCCCCCCUGUAACCUACCCACUGAGCUGUCUUUCGAGCUGAGAUCAAGCUCUACCGCGCCAUCCUCGAAUUUUCUUCGAUUCUCUUAUUCUUGUAUAUUCGAUCUGCGGGGCCAUGGUAUGGCCUAGGCAGUAGCUUCAAUAAGGCUCGUCCGAGCCGAUUAUUCGUCUUCGUAUUCCCCCCUUCAACCCACCCAACCCAAGCAAGCCUUUCGCGAUAUCACGCCGCCAUCCUCGGGUCGCCACGGACGUCCACCCUCUCCGCCUUGCGACAAUCUCGAGCUCGCCCAACAUGACGCGCCGUAUAGUGCGCACUAUGAUCCAGCUCACCGCGGUGACGCUGCUGACCUUCCUCGUCGUCUUCUUCCUCGACCGCAACUUCCGCGUCCUCCCCAAGUCGAUGCAUCACUACAUGCCUCAGCACCACCACGGUUUGAUUAUCACCGAUAUCACGGUAACAAAAUGCUCCGCCAUCAACGUCUUCUCCUCAUGCAAACUCGACACGGACAAGUGGCACCGCAUUGAGAAGGACCUGUACCUGGGCAAGUCAUGGACUACGAGCGCAUACGUCCACAUCGCGCGAAAGAAGGAGGAGGAGCUGGUCGCCGAGGACAAGGUGGUGAUGGACGUCUCCGUCGGACGCCUCGACCCGGCGACGGCCAAGAAGGGUGAGGAGGACGAGCGGUGGGAGAGCCGACCCUACGGCCUGUGGGUGAAGCGAUCCUCCAACCAGAAGGAUAGUGACUCGAAAAAGGCCGUCACCGGCAUUGAUGUGCUCUUUGGCGACGACGCCGUCGAGGCCCGCGACGGAUGGGAGAUCACCGGCACCCCGUUGCUCCUGCCGCUCAACGAAGAAGUCCCCGUAACCCACAUUACUGUCCGACGAGGGAGCCAGAAGGAACCUCACAAGCCGCAGCCGCGCAUCCCCGAGAACGGCCGCUUCAAGAUUGUCCAGCUGGCCGAUCUCCAUCUCAGCACCGGCGUCGGAAAGUGUCGCGACGCCGUCCCCGAGACGUACAACGGCGGCGUCUGCGUGGCGGACCCUAGGACGCUGGAUUUCGUCAGCAAGAUUCUCAUCGAGGAAAGGCCGAAUCUGGUCGUGCUAAGCGGAGACCAAGUCAACGGCGAAACCGCACCCGAUGCGCAGUCGGCCAUCUUCAAAAUCGCCCAGAUUCUCAUCAGAAUGAAGAUCCCCUAUGUUUCAAUCUUCGGUAACCAUGACGAUGAGGGAUCGCUUCCGCGUGCCGCCCAGAUGCAGAUCCUCGAGUCCCUGCCGUAUUCCCUGGCCAAGGCUGGACCCGAAGAGAUUGACGGUGUCGGUAACUACUACGUCGAGGUCCUUGCUAGAGGCAAGUCGGACCACUCGGCACUCACGCUUUACAUGUUGGACUCUCACGCAUAUUCGCCUGAUGAGCGCAAGUACCACGGCUAUGACUGGAUCAAGCAGAACCAGAUCGACUGGUUCAAGAAGACGUCCACCAGCCUCAAGAAGACGCACAAGGAGUACAGCAAAGUUCACAUGGAUCUCGCCUUCAUCCACAUCCCACUGCCCGAGUACAGAGACGCAGACCUCGCCAUCAAGGGCUCGUGGAAGGAAGGCGUCACUGCGCCCAACUUCAACUCGGGCUUUCGUGAUGCCCUGGUCGAGCAGGGUGUCGUCAUGGUCAGCUGUGGCCACGAUCACGUAAACGACUACUGUUCCCUUUCUUUGGACGGCGAACAGAAGCCGGCCCUCUGGAUGUGCUACGCUGGCGGCGUGGGAUUCGGCGGGUAUGCAGGCUACGGCGGAUACCACCGCCGGAUACGCGUCUUUGAGGUCGACACCAACGAGGCUCGCAUCACCACCUGGAAGCGGGUGGAAUGGGGCGACACCUCAAAGAGGAUUGACGAGCAGAUGAUUGUCGAUGCCGGCAGCCCUAUCGGCAUCAGAGAAAAGAAGGCAUAACAGGACUCUUGGAAAAUCUCUACUCGCACUUUGUCGAAACUGGGUUCACUGUUCGAGGAAAACUCACUCAAACGCGGAAAUGAUCUUUUUUUUUUUUGUAUGGAGUUUCGGGUGGGUUGACAGGUGUUUUUGGGGUUUAGUUGGUUCAUCAACAAGUCUCUCAGCGUGAGGACUUGCGGUAUUCAUAGCAUGUUUUUCUUGGCUCGGUGAAGUCACUGGCAGCAGAUUGGCAUGGCAGCGGAAUGAUGGCCGGGUAGGGGUUGAUGUCUUGCUGGGUGAUGUGUACAUGUGCAUCUUUGGUAGAACGAUGUAAACGGCCUCUUGACGUGUCCAUCCAUACCUUGCCGUGGCGCCAAACAUACAAUAUCCAACUAUUUCGCCGAGACCUGGGCAGCUACUACAGACGGCUU